AUGCAGACGGCGACCGCUACACCUACGGCGGUGAGUUCCUCCCUCCUCGCGCAGCGCCGCCAUGGCGCGCCGCCGCUGUUGGCUCCGGCAAAGGCGCUCUACAGGGGGACGACAUUGACGAGGAGGCCCGCUACGGGGAGGGUCUUCUGCGAGGCGGCGGUGACCACCGCCGACGUCUCCUCCUCCGGGGCCACGGCGGCGGCGCCGGAGGGGCUCGACGGCGACGCGCUGGCGGCGUCCAAGGUCGGUUCCAGGGUCCGUGUGAAGGCGGCGGUGAAGGUGUACCAUGUCCCGAAGGUCCCUGAGAUCGAGCUCGAAGGUAUGGAAGGGGUGAUCAAGCAGUACGUGGGGCUGUGGAAGGGCAAGUCCAUCUCCGCCAAUCUCCCCUUCAAGGUCGAGUUCGUGCUCCCCGACGGGGUCGAGGGCCGGCCGGGGCCUCUCAAGUUCGUCGCCCAUCUCAGGGAGGACGAGUUCGAGUACCUUUCCCAGGGUUGA